ACAGUGCAAAAUAUGCACACAGAAAUUGCUUGCUUACAGUUGGCUAUAAGAAGCUAGCACCUUAUUUUUUGGUUUAGAUAGGGUGUCUUAGUAUUUGGUCCAGAUAAAUGUCUAUGUAAGCCUAAGGUAAAUGUUUACUAUGUUUCUACUAAAGCCUUAGAAUAUUUAAGACCACUCCCAGACCCUUGUUACCACAAGAUACUGCCCUGAGCUUAAAAACUAAAGUCCCUUGCCAGUUUAUUUUCGCACUCCCAGUUCCCCCAACCCCUCGCCCACUGCACACGCCGCUUCUCACACCAUCGGCUACCAGUUGCAAGUUCUCAGGUACUUGUUAAAAAAAAAAAAAAAAAAAAAAAGACUUCUAGUUCAUCAGAAGCAUUUCUAGGAGGAACAAAUCAAGUCAUGGAGGAAGAGAUUUUUGAUGUAGCAUAGCUGCUAGCUCAAUGACACCAUUUUUUCAGGGAGUUCCUCCUAACUUUUGCUUUAAUUCUAUAGUAACAUUGAGGACAAUGCAAUAUUUUAAGUUGGGGAGACUUUAUUUUGAUAGAUAUUUUUGUGAUGGGGUGUGAUAUGUCAUGAUGGAUGAUAAUUUGGUAGAUUGAUUUUAUUUUGGUAAUUUUUUUUUAUGACAUUUAUAUUAGUAUGAUUUUUUUUUAUUACUAGCUUCUUUAGUUUUUUUCGUAGUUUAGUUGUAGGAAUGGUGUUGGGAUGUGAUUUUUGCUCCUUGGCCAAUUUUGGCUUGCUUGGUACCAACUUAGUUAAACCUUAGCAUAUGAAUUCUUGAUUUAAAAAAAAAAAAAAAAAAGAUUGAAGUAAUGAUUCUUGUUGUGAAUUUUAGACUCAAUUUUUGGCUCUUACUUUCACUAAUUAGUCUCUUUAGGCUAUAAGUGAUUUUCUUUUAGUUCAUUUGUUUCAAUUGGGUUUUGGAUACAUAUUCUACUUGGAUUAUCAUGUGCCAUGCGUGGUGAAGUUUUUGUGAGUUCUUUAACAUUACUUGUGGUCUAGAACUUGCCCGGAAUGUGUUUCAAGGCGAAAUUCUAGGUUACACUUGGUUUGACAAAUGAUGUUAGGCCUUCUUUGGAUCGUUUUUGCCUUAAAUUUCCUACCCUUGCAUAUUUUCCCUAGUCAACCCUUUUUGAGCCUUUAACCUUUUCUUUGGCAACCAUAUUACAAGCUUUAACCUUCUGUUCUUCAUUGAUCCAUCUUUUGGUACCCUACCUCCUUAAGUGCGUUGAAAGUGCAAACGUAGGCUAAAAGCCUAAGUUUGGGGGUGAUAGUUGAAAAAAGUUGUGAUGUGGGAGUUACUUUAAGGUGAAAGAAAAAAAAUGAAGUAGUAAAAAAAAAAAAAAAAUUGGAAACUUCCUUGUUAUUUUGAAAAAGAAAAAAAAAAGGAAGGAAUAAUGAAGAGUUGUGAAUAAAGGGAAGACUAGUUGGUGAAAUGGAAAAUGAAGAAAAGGGUGGAAAAAAAAAUUCAAAGGAAGUGUGCUUUGAUUGUUGAAAAUUGUAGUGCUUAGGGAGGUUUUUGAGUCACUAUUUCCAAAUUAUGUUCCUACCUUAACCAAAAGCCUACAUUACAACCCUUUAAGUCCUAAUUGAUUUUGUUUCUUCUGUGUAUUUACUUCAUAGUUUUAUUUCAUAACACGUUAUCAGCACGAGACUCUGUUAUCUCGAGCAAAUACUUUACAAGCCUCGAAGGUAUUGAUUUCUUUGUUUUCCAUUACUAAUGGCAAAUCUUUCUAGACGUGAAUUUGUAGCCUUAGAUAUAUCCGACAAUAGCUAUAUGUCUUGGAUUCUUGAUGCCGAGAUUCACCUUAAUGCAAUGGGUCUGGAAGACACCAUCAAAGAUAAAAACGAGGCAUCAAACCAAAACCGUGCUAAGGCAAUGAUAUUCCUCCGCCAUCAUCUUGAUGAGAAUUUAAAAAUGGAAUAUCUCACGGUUAAAGAUCCUCUUACGCUGUGGAAUGAUCUGAAAGAUAGAUAUGAUCACCUGAAGAUGGUCAUACUUCCACAAGCACGUUUUGAUUGGCUCCAUUUAAGGUUCCAAGAUUUUAAAUCUGUUAAGGCAUACAAUUCUACUAUGUUUAAAAUUAUUUCUCAAUUGAAAUUAUGUGGUGAAAAUAUUACUGAUCUUGAUAUGCUGGAGAAAACAUUCUCCACUUUUCCUGCCUCGAGUAUGCUCCUGCAGCAGCAAUACCGAGAGAUGAAGUUCAAAAAAUAUUCUGAUUUAAUCUCACAUCUUCUAGUGGUUGAACAACAUAAUGAAUUAUUGAUGAAAAAUCAUAAAAGCCGACCCACUGGUACUGCCCCAUUCCCUGAAGUGAAUGAGGCAAAUUUUCGCCAUUCUAGGCGUGGAAGAGGUCGUGGCCCCAGUCGUGGUCAUGGUCGUGGUCGAGGAAGGGAUUUUAAUCAUGAUUCUCGUUUUGCACCAUAUAAUACCCUUGACCACCAGCAGUGUAAAAGGAAGGAUGAAAAGCAUGAAGUUGUGCAAAAGAAAAAUUCAGAAAAUAAUUGCUUCCGAUGUGGAGGAAAAGGGCACUGGUCACGUACCUGUCGUACGCCAAAGCACCUUGUUGAGCUAUAUCAAGCCUCCCUCAAAAGGGCAGAAAAGGAUGCCGAAGCAAAUUUUAUUUCUGAAGAUAAUGUUGAGCCUAUGCAUCUAGAUGUGGCAGAUUUCUUUGAAUUCCCUGAAGGAAAAAUAGACCAUCUGAUCGGUGAUGGAUCUGUAUUAACUUAGAUAUUUCAUACAUGUCGUUUGUAUUAGCUAUUGUGGUUAUGUUUCCAUAUAUAUGUAAUAAAGUGUGUGUAAUACUUUGUCUAAUCAAAAUAUCUACUUCGGUGUUUACUU